AUGGUGGGUUGGGUCUCCGUAAAUUGGUGCCUUUUAAUAAGGCCCUCCUUGGGAAAUGGUUGUGGAGGUUUGGGGUGGAGAGACAUUGGCUUUGGAGGAGGGUGGAGUUCAUUGGAAAUUAGAGAUCCUCGAGGGGUGGGGUUCUGGAAAUUUAUUCGGAAGGGUUGGGAUGAAUUUUCCAAGCACAUUCGGUUUCGUCUUAGAGAUGGGAGGAGGAUUUGCUUUUGGGAGGAUGUGUGGUGUGGAGAUGUUCCUCUUGCUAUCGCCUUUCCUCAGCUUUACAGGAUUGCUUCGGAUAGGCAGGCCAUGGUGGUUAACUGUUAUCAUCUUGAUAAUGGGAGACUGGUUUGGGAUGUUCGAUUCAGGCGUUCCUUUCAAGAUUGGGAGAUCGAGGAGGCCAUUCGUUUCUUGGAGUUGUUGUAUCGCCAGAGGAUUGUGGAGGAGGAUUCGGAUUAUUGGUCUUGGGUUGCAAACUCUCAGGGGUGUUUUGAGGUGAGGUCUUUCUUCAGGUGCCUCUCAUUAGUUCCUGGAGUUCGUUUUCCUUGGAAGUUUGUUUGGCGUUCCAAGGCUCCUCUCAAGGUGGCUUUCUUUGUGUGGACUUCGGUUCUGGGUAGGAUUUUAACUCAAGAUAAUUUGAGAAGGAGAAGCCAGGUGGUGGUCAAUCGUUGGUUUAUGUGUCUUAGUGAUGAGGAAUCUGUGGAUCACCUUCUCAUUCAUUGCUCUUUGGCUAGAGAGUGUUGGGAUUUGAUGCUUGGCUUAUUUGGGUUUUAUUGGGUUAUGCCAGGAUCUGCUAGAGGGUUGAUAGAGGCGUGGAGAGGUUGCCCUGUGGGGGCUCUUAGUCAGGAUGCAUGGAAGUCUACGCCACUUUGGAGAGAUCAUAGAUCGUUGGAGGAAAUUGUUGACUUUUUGGCUUCUUUGAAGGCUUGA